GGGUUGGCGGUGCCGUGUCAUGGAGGCUCAGUCUCAGAGCAGCCAUUGAAGGGGAAGGAACUGCGGUGUGUGUGUGUGCGUGCGUGCGUGUGUGCGUGUGUGUGUGUGCGCGCUCGCGCGUGUGUGCGCGCGCGUGUGUGUGCGUGCGUGUGUGUGUGCGUGUGAGUGCGCGCGAGUGUGUGGACAAGGAGGUGGGGGCAGCCGAGUUAGAGUUCCAACUCCUUGGACUCCAUUUGCUAUUCUCUUCUUUCUCCCCCACACCUAUCUGGAGGUGGUGGGCGAUUAUAUUUGCUUUUCUUUUCAUUCAUUUCCAAAUCUUUUAAAAAUUAAGGGUUGGGGGUAGUGGGAAAGGCAGGAAAGGGUAAGGGAAGGGAGUAGUAGCAGAAGAGCAGGAGGAGGACAUGGAGAUGAAGAAGAGGAUUAACCUGGAGUUAAGGAACAGAGCCCCGGAGGAGGUGACAGAGUUAGUCCUUGAUAAUUGCCUUUGUGUCAAUGGGGAAAUUGAAGGCCUGAAUGAUACUUUUAAAAAACUAGAGUUUCUGAGUAUGGCUAAUGUGGAACUAAGUUCACUGGCCCGGUUGCCCAGCUUAAAUAAACUUCGAAAGUUGGAACUUAGUGACAAUAUAAUUUCUGGAGGUUUGGAAGUCCUGGCAGAGAAAUGUCCAAAUCUUACCUACCUCAAUCUGAGUGGAAACAAAAUCAAAGAUCUCAGUACAGUAGAAGCUCUGCAAAAUCUUAAAAAUUUGAAAAGUCUUGAUCUGUUUAACUGUGAGAUCACAAACCUGGAAGAUUACAGAGAAAGUAUUUUUGAACUGCUGCAACAAAUCACGUACUUAGAUGGAUUUGAUCAGGAGGAUAACGAAGCACCAGAUUCCGAAGAGGAGGAGGAGGAUGGAGAUGAAGAUGAUGAAGAGGAAGAGGAAGAUGAAGCUGGUCCACCUGGAGAAUAUGAAGAGGAGGAGGAGGAAGAAGAGGAUGACGAUGAGGAUGAGGAUGAAGCAGGCUCAGAAUUAGGAGAGGGAGAAGAGGAAGUGGGCCUCUCAUACUUAAUGAAAGAAGAAAUCCAGGAUGAAGAAGAUGAUGAUGACUAUGUUGAAGAAGGGGAAGAAGAGGAAGAAGAGGAAGAGGAAGGUCUUCGAGGAGAAAAAAGGAAACGAGAUGCUGAAGAUGAUGGAGAUGAAGAAGAUGACUAGAUCAUUCUAAGUCCACAGAUUCCCUAACGUUCCUGGGCGUGCAGUAGAGUGAUCACAUCUUCUUUGUUUCUUCGUGUACCAUAGCGAUCCCUACAGAAGAUAACCUGUAACUUUUUAUAGGAAAAGUGUGGUUUUACUAUUUUUGCCUUAUCAUUCCAAAUAAGAUUUACUAGUCUGUUAAUGAUCAUAUUGUACGUAGAGAAAAAAUUUUCCUUGACCCCAUUGUGAAAUUCCCUAGCAAUUUAUUUAGAAUCUUCAUUUUUCUCGUUCAAGCUCACUGUAUUAGUUAUUUUUAGCCCAUAAUUAAAACAUGAUCACUUUUACACAGGCGUAGUUGAUGCAUUUCAUUCAUAAGGUUAUAAAGUUAUUUAUAAGUUAACUGAAAUCACGGUCGGCUGGAAUAUGAAAUGAAAAUAGUCUCUUGACUGAAAAGUUGGUUAUAUUUUUAGAGGUGACCCAGAGAUCUUUAGUUUAAAGGCAAUGACCUUUUUGUUUGUUUGUUUGUUUGUGUUUUUGUUUUUGGCUAAGGGUAUUUGGGUACUUUUUUGUCACAUGAGUAACUUAGAAAGUAGGAGCAGAAUAGCAAAGGUUCUAUUCAACAAUAUAGUUCAUGGCUUUUGUGGAGGCUUUUGAAACCUUUUAAGCCAGGUGACUAAUAAGAUUUUAUUUUUGAAGGAAAAAUGCUUAUACGAAGUUCAGAGACAUGCAGGUGAGCCCUUUGUUUUUCUAGCUGAAAAUCACAACAUGCCAGCAGUUGUUAUUUUUUUUUUUUAAGUGUGCAUUCUUUAUUUUCCUCCCAGCAAUUCCUUUAUGAUCACUUUCAUUUCUUGUUUCACUCUCCUCCAUCUCCAAAAAAAGUUGGGAAACUUCUGGCUACCCAGGGAAACCUCUAUUUAGUCUUUUAUGCCUCAGCCAUCUUUUCAGACUGUCUCAGUUUUAAAAAAGCUAAGUGAAAGAAAUGGAGUGUGUUCUGAGAUAAGAAUAUUAGUACAGUUUUAUGCAACAGAUUCUGCUUGCUGUUGUUUUCCUUGGUUGACAAGAUGUACAGACUGUAUCAAUAGGGCGAAGAAAGAAAAGCAGAGGAUGCUUUCAGAAGCAGCAUUGAUGUUCCGCAAAAGUCAGAACACUUGCCUGUUGAUAAUUAAUGAGACAUUCAAGUCACAUUUUUUGGGAAGUUAGCAUCCCAAAUGAUUUAGAUACCACACUGAAAAGUAUUUCUAAUUUUUCUGAGUAGAACAUUUAAUUAUUCUUCCUAUAGUUUUAAGGCAUUACCAGAUACAGCAUUUAAUUGGAAUAUACUGGGCAGUUGGAAAAAUAUUUGAAACUAAAUAUUAAAAUUAACAUUUGUUUUCAAGUGGAAAUCCAUUAAAAGUAGAAAAAUAUUUGGGAUGGGUGUAUUUCUUUGUAUGGCUACUAAAUAUAAUAAUUGAGUAGACAAGUGCACCUCCCUUUUUGUAGCAGCGGAGGCUCCGUGUUCAAGGCAAUUGGUUUUUAAAUCUUGGCAAAAUUUUCUUCUGCUUUGCUUUGAAUAUCUGUAAGUUUUUUUAAAGGUAGCAUCAGGAAAUUAAUUGAAGUUAUACUUCUAUACUGGGACACAUUUAAAUUACUGAGCAAAGAACUACUUUUUUAGUUUCAGACGUAUGACUUGGGGUUUUGAAAUAAAAAUUACAAAGUUAUUUGUGGGUAAACUAAAAAAGUUGCACAAGUGACUGAAAUAAAACUCUUGGAAUAAGUUCAGUGGGGGGAUUGGAAUGUCCAAAAGGCUAACACUUUACUCCUUUUUUAGCAGUUGAAAUGCCCUGUUUUAGUCCCUAAGAAUUCUCAUUGCAUAGUAUAUGCCAGACUAUAAAAUACUUAUUUUUAAAAUGAAAUCUAUAUAUUGACUUUCUUAUCAAUCAUCUUAUUGUGCAAUCGAAAUUAGAGUUCUUUGGUUUGAAAACAACAUUUAGAGCCUCCAAAUAACUUUUUAAGACUUUAUUUAGCUUUGUGGGUGGUAUUUUCAUGCAAAUAAGUAAGGGUGGGUUUUAUAUUUUGUAGAAGUUUUUGGUCCUAUUUUAAUGCUCUUUGUAUGGCAGUAUGUAUAUAGUGUGUUAAAUUUCCUCAAACUCUCCUUUAAAAACUUUGAAGUUAAUACUUUUGUGCAACUGUGUUUUGAAUAAAGCCAUGACAGUGUUAAAAAAAAUGCAGCACUCCUGAUUAUUCUUUUAUUGUUUCUGACUGUUCCCUGUUUUUUUCCUGUGACUUCUGUAACUUAAAAGUUUUUGAAAUUGAAUUGCUUCAAAUAAAUGGAAGAUUUGUUGUUAA